GUCCAGCGCUCUGAUUGGUGCGCCCGCUGAGCCGCGACUGGGCAUGGGACCUGGCGUCACGUAGGAGAAAAUUUCAACUCCUGAUUUUUAAGCGCCCGGGAUGGCGGACAAGCUGCGGCAGUACCAAGGAGUGCUGGGGCGGCUGCACCAGCUCCGCGCCGACGCCAGGGAGAAGUGGCAGCAGUGGAAGGACAGGAGGUCGCUGCCGCGGCCGGGCGAAGGGAACUACCCUCAAGAGGACUACUCGCACGUAUUCAGGCGGAAGACGCGCGCCGAGCUGGUGCGGAUCUCCGCGGCCGUCAUGGGCAUCGAGUUCUCGUACGCCGCCGAGACGGCGUUCGUGUCGCCGACGCUGCUGAAGAUCGGCGUGACGCACCGCCACAUGACGAUGGUGUGGGCGCUGUCGCCGCUGGUCGGCUUCUUCCUGACGCCCGUGCUGGGCUCGCUGAGCGACCGCUGCCGCCUGCGCGCCGGGCGCCGCCGCCCCUUCGUGCUGGCGCUGGCCGCCGGCGUGCUCGCGGGUCUGGUCCUCGUCCCCAACGGCGAGCUGCUCGGCCGGGCCCUGGGCGACGCGCCGGAGACCUCAAUGCACGCGUCGACGGGGAACUCUACCGCCGCGCCGCGGGCUCGCGGCUCCAACUCCUGGGGCGUGUUCCUCACGAUACUCGGCACGGUGCUGCUGGACUUCGACGCCGACGCCUGCCAGAGUCCGUCCAGGGCCUACCUGCUCGACGUCACCGUCCCGGAGGACCACGCUCGAGGCCUCAGCACGUUCACCGUCAUGGCGGGUCUCGGAGGCUUCUUCGGGUACGCCCUGGGCGGAAUAAACUGGGACGCCACGGCCAUAGGAGAACUGCUGGGAGGUCACGUGCGCGCCGUCUUCACGCUCAUCGCCUUCAUAUUCUGCGCCUGCGUGGCGACCACGGUCACCAGCUUCAAGGAGAUACCGCUGGACCGACUGGAUGCCGAGUCCAAGCAAGCGUUGGAGCGGACCAGGUUAUCUCCAGGCUCGGAGAACCACAGCUACGGGGCUGUGGAGGCAUCCGGCAUCCAAUUGCAACCGGUCCAACCAAAAGAAAGCUAUAAUUCUCUAGGAGGAAAAUCUGAUGGAAAUGGCUACAUCAACUAUGGAUUCGACGAACGUGGCAACCAAUCCGUUGAUGAGACAACUUUCAUUAAACCUGUUCCAGAGCCCGUACAUUCACAGGGCGGACCGGAGCCGGCGGCAGAACCCACGCUGGCGCAGUACCUCUCGUCCAUCGUGUUCAUGCCGGGCUUCCUGCGCGUGCUGUGCCUCACCAACCUGUUCUGCUGGAUGGCGCACGUCUGCUACUCGCUCUACUUCACGGACUACGUGGGCGAGGCCGUGUUCCAGGGCGACCCCGCGGCUGCAGAUGGAACGCCUGCCAAAGAUACUUAUGAAGAUGGGGUGAGAUUCGGCUGUUGGGGCAUGUCGAUGUAUUCCCUCUCGUGCGCAUGUUACUCCCUCGUCAUAGAGAAGCUGAUAAAGAGAUUCAGGGCGCGCAGGGUGUACGUGGGAGGCCUGCUGUUCUACUCGGCGGGCAUGACGCUGAUGGCGCUGGUGCGUCACAGGGUGGGCGUGAUCCUGUUCUCGUGGACGGCAGGCGUCAUGUACUCCACUCUGUUCACCAUGCCCUACCUGCUGGUCGCCCGCUACCACUCCACGGGCAUGUUCGAGACGGGCCCGCCAGGCGGCGGCGUGGCGCGGCCCCGGGGGCUGGGCACGGACGUGGCCAUCGUCAGCUCGAUGGUGUUCCUGGCGCAGUUCUCGCUGUCCAUGCUGAUGGGCCAGGUGGUGAGCGCGGCCGGCUCCACCACGGCCGUGGUCGCCGCCGCCGCCCUGCUCAGCCUGUGCGGCGCCCUGGCCGCCACGCGCGUCAUGUACGCCGACCUGUGACGGACUUGAAGAACUCCUCUUCACAUCUAUACGAAGACAACAUAAAACCACGAUUUUUUGCUUGGUGCACAUACGUACAUUAAUGUCAGAACAAAACGUGGCAUUUUUAUAAUAUCUACACACUUAUGCCUGUCUAUAUUUUAUUAUAUGUGUUAUGUUAAUAUGAGCUAAUAUUAAUAUAUUCCUCAAAAUAUUUCCAGUUGGGCCAAACACAUAGGGCUUCGGACUCAUAAAAUCUAAUCGUAAAAGAGUAUGAAAGGGCAUUUAAAAAUUUGAAACAGUUUUAUUUUACAGUAACAUAUAUAUAU